AUGACAGCCAUCAACCCUGAACCAAUUCCAGAGCCUCCUGGCUACCCGCUCAUUGGAAAUAUCACCGACAUCGACCCAGAUUUCUCGUUAAAGUCUUUCAUACACUUGGCAGAGAAGUAUGGUGACAUCUAUCGGGUUCGACUUCCUGGGGCAAGCCUCGUCGUCACGUCUGCCGUCUCAUUAGCUGACGAGCUGUGCGAUGAGACUAAAUUUCAGAAGGUGCCUAGCAACGUGCUGUUGGAAAUUCGCAAUGCUGUACAUGAUGGGCUAUUCACGGCGCACGGGGACGAGCCUAACUGGGGCAUCGCGCACAGAGUCCUCAUGCCAGCUUUUGGGCCUAAGGGUAUCCAAGAUAUGUUUGAAGAGAUGCACGAUAUUGCAUCGCAGCUGAUCCUAAAGUGGGCGAGACAAGGACCGGAUUGCGAGAUCCACAUCACAGACGACUUCACCAAACUCGCCCUCGAUACGCUGGCGCUAUGCUCCAUGGGUUUUCGCUUCAACAACUUCUACACCGAAAAGGAGCAUCGUUUUGUAAGCGCUAUGGGCGAAUUUUUGACAGAAUGUGGGCGGAGAUCGCAACGCCUACCAUUGCCCUCAUUUUUCUAUCAGAAAGCAGAUGCAGAGUACGGAGCCAACAUCAAAAUCCUGCGUGAAACGGCUGAAAACGUGCUGAAAGAACGCAUGGCUGGGCACGGAAAAGAACGAAAGGAUUUGUUGACGGCAAUGCUGGAAGGGAGAGAUUCCCGGACUGGCCAGAAAAUGACUGAUGCAUCGAUCAUCGACAACUUGAUAACAUUUCUGAUCGCCGGUCACGAGACAACUUCUGGAACAUUAUCUUAUGCCAUGCACGAACUUCUAAGGCAUCCUGAGGCAUAUGCCAAAGUUCAAAAGGAGGUCGACGACGUCGUUGGUCAAGGCCCGGUUACUCUGAAGCACAUGCAGAAGCUGCCGUACAUUGAAGCGGUUCUCCGGGAAACUCUUCGCCUCGAUGCGCCAAUCUCCAUUGUGUCUCGCACACCCAAACAUGAUGCCACAUGGUUGGGUGGAAAAUACAUGGUAGACACGAAAGAUACAUGCAUCAUACUUCUUUCCAAGUCGCAUCUGGAUCCGACGGUCUUUGAUGAGCCAACCAAGUUCAAACCCGAGCGCAUGCUGCCCGAGAACUUCAACAAGCUUCCUAAAAGCGCCUGGAAGCCUUUUGGCAAUGGACUUAGAGCCUGCAUCGGCCGUCCAUUUGCGUGGCAGGAGGCAGUGCUUGCCAUGGCACUCAUGUUCCAGCAUUUUGACUUCGAGCUGGCCGACCCGAAUUAUGUCCUCGAGCAUAAGCAAACUCUUACCAUUAAACCUAAGGAUCUUUGCGUAAAGGCAAAGCUUCGCGGCAGACUCACGGCUACGCAGGUCACCCAACAACUUCAGUCGGUAGCCGACGCACAUCCUCAUGAAUCCUGGAAUGGACGACAGAAAGAACCCCUCGCCAAGUCCCAGCAGUCGGACUACAACACACCCAUUGCUAUACUGUAUGGUUCCAACAGUGGGACUUGCGAAUUGCUUGCCCAGCGCCUGGCCUCCAGCGCCCCCUACCGUGGUUACAGAGUCGCGUCCUUGGGCUGCCUAGACACAGGUGUUGCAAAAAUAUCCCAGGAUCACCCGGUGGUAAUAUUCACGGCCAGCUACGAUGGUCAACCCCCCGACAACGCCGCCAAAUUCGUCCCGUGGGUCGAAUCUAUCCGCGGCACAGACGAACUUCGUAAUGUGAGAUACGCUGUUUUUGGAUGCGGAAAUCAUGAUUGGCCACAAACACUCCAUCGCAUCCCAAGGUUGAUAGACACCUCGAUGGCGGCGGCCGGUGCACAAAGGCUUACUGAGCCAGGCCUUGCGGACGUUGCAAGCGAAGAUGUUUACGUCAAGUUCGAGAAUUGGGAAGACCAUGUGCUGUGGCCAGCUUUGAGAGCCGCCAUGCCGCUAGCCGGCGUUGAUGGAACUGCGGGAAAGCCGUUGCCUUGUCUGCUAGAAGCACACGUAUCGACGCCCAGGCCUUCUCAGCUUGGAAUCGACAUGUCCAAAGGCCGUGUAGUUACUCGACGCCUGCUAACUUCUGAAGAUGAAACACCAAAGGUUUACAUUGAGAUUGAAUUGCAGGCCAAAUCCCAGUUUCGUCCUGGUGAUUACCUAUCCGUGCUUCCCAUCAAUCCCAGGAAAUCGGUCAUGCGCGCAUUGCGCCGAUUCAGGCUACACGGUGCUUUGCAGUCCGAUGCCACUGUUAGUCUUCAGGGUAACACGAAGGGGCUUCCAGCCGGAGUGCCAGUACCCGCACAGACAAUUCUAGGCGAAUACGUCGAGCUCGGUGAUGUAGUCACGCCCAGGCAGCUGGGCACGCUCACAAGAAUUGGCGGUCUUGUUGAGCAAGAACGAGAGCUCAUAGUUAAUCUAAGUGCGGAGUCUUACGACCAGAAGGUCCUAGGUCCCAAAACCUCACUUUUGGAUAUAUUGGAACAAUUCCCGGCGCUAGACAUUGCAUUCGGACAAUUCCUAGAUUUACUCCCCUCCAUGCGUCCUCGACAAUACUCGAUAUCAUCCUCACCUCUGGUGCAUCCUGACAGAGUCGCUCUUACGGUGGGGCUCUUUCAAGCACAGACAGGUUCCAAUCCUGGUCAGCAUGUCGGCGUUGCAAGCUCGUACCUCAUGACUGCACAGCCGGAUGAUAUGCUGUGGGUGUCAGUGAAAACAUCUCACGACGCUUUCCAUUUGCCUUCCUCUCCAGGAAACACACCGUUAGUUAUGAUCUCGGCAGGAACUGGAAUCGGACCAUUCAGAGGUUUUAUCCAGGAGCGGGCAUCAAUGGCGAAGGACGGUCAUAAACUAGCUUCGGCCGUUUUAUAUCAUGGCUGCCGAAGACCAGGCCAUGAUGAUAUAUACGCACAUGAGCUCGGUGAAUGGGAAUCAAAGGGUCUUGUGACCGUCAAGAGAGUCUUUAGCAGAGCUCCAGAGGAAUCUGAUGGUCACAAAUACGUCCAGGACGCCGUCUGGGCUGAUCGGGAUUCCUUGCUUCAGUUGUGGCGGCAGGGAUGUUUUCUAUACGUCUGUGGUUCGAAGGAGAUUAGCCGCGCGAUAACACAGUUAGCGAUCCGAUUCAAAAGAGACGCGGCGGUGGCGAAGGGUGAGGCCUUGGAUGAAGAUGACGCGAGGAAAUGGUGGGAAAGACUGAGGAAUGUUCGCUACGCAUUUGAUGUAUUCGACUGA